AUGGAGAACAUCAACAUUCCCGAGCUCGUCGAGCGCCUUGGCGCCGACGAGGACUCGGUCCGCAAGAUGGCCGUCUUCAAGCUGCAAUCCGUCAUCGGCGACCCGUCGUUCGCCGACGUCUUCACCAUCGAAGGCGGCCUCCCGAAGCUGCGCCACCUCUGUUUGACUGCCACCGGCAACACGCUCGCGUACGCCCUGACUUCGUUUUCCCGUCUGCUGGAGCUCGAUCAGGGCUGGGACCAUGUCAACCAGGACCUCAUUGAACGGGUCGUCGAGCUCGUCGUGAGCCAGCCGCUCGUUAAUAUCCUCCGCGGCGCCAUGUCCAUCCUCGUCGCCGUCGUGUCGCAUCCGCACACGCGCGCCUCCAUCCCCCCCGGCACUUUUGGCUUCCGCGCCCUCAAACCCGCCGUCGCCGUGUACCCGCAGUUCCUGGAGAUGCUCGUGAGCCGCCUGUCGUCGGCCGACCACGCCCUCUGCGCCAAUGCGCUGCAGCUGAUCAACUCGCUCAUGAGGGACGCCAUCACGAACGACUCCGAGGCCGAAUGGCAUGCUUUCAUCAAGAAGCUGCAUGAUCUGGGCGUGAUAGAGGCGGUUUACGUCCUGAUGCAGAGCAGUGCGCUGCAGGACUUGGCACACCCUCUGUUCGAGUUCCAGUCGCUGAGCAAGGUUCUGCUGAGGCGGUGGAGGGAGCUCAAGGUGGAUUUGGACAAGUCGGAGCACCGCCGCGCGCUCAAGGGGCUUCAUCUCGCCAGCAAUCCGGAAAGACCGCCAUCGAGCACAAGCAAGGGCAGCAAGGGCAGCAAGAAGCACCACCCGGAGAAAUGGCGCAGGCUGGGCUUUGAAGGCGAAUCUCCGUCCUGGGAGUUUGACCACACGGGUUAUCUGGGUCUGAUGGAUCUCGCCCACUACGUCCGCAAGCACGAGGACGCGUAUCAGAAGCUUCUGCUGGAGCAGUCCAUCCAGCCGGCCGAGCAAAGGUGUCCGAUUGCACGUGCCAGUCUUGCCGUGACUCUGAUCCUGUACGACAACUUCGACGUGGAGAAAUGCGAGAACGAAGACCAACAACGAUACACCAUCUUGGAGUCGCGAACCAACUUUGACCGCGCGUUCAGACCUCUUCUGCUUCAAUGGUCGCGUCUGCAUGUCGCCGGUCUCCAGGCUUUUUUCCGGCUCUGGCAGGCUACCGGUGCCGAGACUGACGACUUCCAAAAGGUUGAGGAGCUGGUCCAGAUCCUAUUUGAGCAGGUCAUCGGGCAGGCGUCUCGUCAAAAGGAUUUGCCAGAGGUUGAAGAGGAGCUCGCCGAGUUUGACUACAAAAGACUGCGUGAGUUGCAAAUAGAGCUGCUUGAGCUCACGUAUGAGGACGCCUGGGGUCAUCAUCUUCGACAAGUUCGAGACGAGCUCAACCACGAGGCUCUUCAAUUCGUCAAGGAGCAACGCAUCAGGUGUCUACUCGCAGGCUCAUGGUUCCCGCAUACGCUGGGAUACAGAGAUGAGGCCGGCCCUGUCACCAAGAAUUCUCUCAACCGCAUGGUACCGUCCUCGUGGCGUUAUGUCCGUCUCUCGCACAACCGUCGUUACCUGCACUAUGCGGACUUUGAGAACAAGCUGGACCACGAUCCACGCCUCGACCAACUGCAGAAUCAAAUCGACCUCACCACAGUCUCCUCCGUCGUAUCCAACGUCUCAGCCAGCACUCCCACGACCGCGUCCUCGGCCUCCACGCUGCGUACCCUCCCCGCCAGCACCAACACGAAAAUCACCAUCUUCGGCUACUCCAACGAGAAAUCCCACGGCAGCGGCACCUCGUCGUCCCAACACCACCACCCCAGCACCUCGCACUCGUCCCGCUCCAACCCCACGUCCAAAGACGGCGCCAGUCUCAAAGACGUGGCGUCGGCCGCCAGCACCAAGGAAAGCGUCCUCCUCACGCUGCACCCGCAGAGCCACACGCUGGCGUCCGAGUGGCUCGACGGUCUGUUGAUGCUGCUCAACCAGCAGCCCAUCACCGCCGACACCAACAAGCUCGUCCAGCUCGUCGGCGGCUAUGGCCUCAAGAUCCGUUUGCUCAACGUGCGCUUCGAGGAGCUGGAUUCGGGCGAACCCGAACUGCCGAGCAGGGAAGGGCUGGAUGAGGAUUAUUGGUAUGAUAUCGGUGGGAUGGAAGGGGUGGAGGCAUGA